CCGGAGUAAGGAGUACAGGGGUCCAUAGUGCCGCAGCGGGAGCGUCCGGUUCUUCCGUUGCUUAUUAUUAUAUAUUAUUCUUGAAGGCGUUGAUGGAUGAGAAAGAGCAUGGAGGCCGAAGCUAGAUUCUGUAGUAGUUGGGCCCGAGAUAGUCUCGGCAAUAAUACGAGGACUUUCGAUUGAUGCCCUGCAUAGGGCUAGUGAUUAACUACGCUGCGUAGACGUCUCAAACCCGAAGAUUCCUGAGAAGGCCUGGUCUUUUUAUGAAAAUCCUCCAUCCAUUGCUCUGAUAGCUAUGAAACCAGACAACGCAGCGGGAUACGACAUUAUUGGAGCUGGCUGGCAGAUAACUUAUUCCCCUGACGGGUAACUUAUCGUUGUCAAUUGACAGCACACCGUCCUCAAAGGCGAUAUCCGACCAAGUUCAACAGCUUCAAAAGACCGAGUAUCCUUCAGCAUCGGGCUGGGGUCAUUGUUCAGCGGCCUGUUGAUGGACAGAACCAGGAACGCUUGCCGAAAUUACAUGGCGGGUCUCAAAAUACAGGGUUUUAUUAGCUCCAUCCAACCUUGUCUUAUCCCAAGUUAAUAUCCAGCAAAGAAUACCCUGUCCUGUCGCAACUGGGUGGCCCCUGUCAGGUUCAUACGCAGUAGGCUUCGAAAUCACUCCGUCUUUGAUCCUAUGUACGCAGUAUGAACCAUGGUGUUGUCUUCCCUCGGAUUGCCAAGGAUAGCCCUCGCCAUCUCGUCUACUCCGUAGACAGCUGUGACUGGCUACCAUCAGAUAGUGAAUGCGAUGGUUUGGAUGGGAUAUUCCAUUCCAAAGCCUGCCAGACGAAUGUUCGAGUCUUCAAGACCCAAAAAUCACGAAGCAUGGAGCUCGUGCAUGAACUGACUGCCCUUCGAACCCUUGUUGGACCUGCUUUCAUAGCUUCGUUGGUCAUCCCUAGUAUGACGCGAAGCUCCUGGCGCGCUGGUCAAGGGGUCCGUGGUUGCAACAUCAUGAACACCACCUCACGGACACCGCCCAUGUCGCAACGGUCCUCGCGGAUGGAUCUCUUGCUGUUUAUUCGUACUAUGUUUCUUAUCGUCACUGUACUGCUGUUAUUCCUGUUCGAAUACUUCUCCAGCCUGCCCAGUUUCUUAGUAGUCUAUGAAAUGGUUAUAACAGAAGGUAGGGUACCCUCUUCCCAUCCAUCCUCCACAAGUUCAGCCGCGCUAUUACCCCAUCAAACAAGGCAGAGAAAUGUGUCCGUGUCGGAGGAUUACAUUGUGUCUCUCGACCUGCUAGAAGGAACAUACUCCAUAUCUGUCGAGAAAUCCGCUGAUUUCGAGGAGAUCGUGGUACGCUCCUUGAGAGGCACGCCUGCGAAUGAUGCUCGGAAUAUUCUGUUCCAAUGCCUGCUUUUCAAAGUGUUGACAACAUUCGGCGACUAACAUGAUUAGUUUUCUCUCUUCUCAUGGAGAAAGUAGAGAAACAGACUUUCGUGGGAGCAAACUAUAUCAAUGUAAUUACCGUGCUUUUCUUCUAGCUUCUGCAUCUAUAGAAACGCGCACAUACUACGGACAUUUCAAUAUCCGCGGAAUAUUCGCCCCUACGUCAUCUCCCCCAGUAUAUUACCUCUCGCAUCGGGUGUAUGAUUGGAACAGCGGCAAAUUAAAGGGCGAUGCUCGGUCAUAUUGCACGACUGCGAUCCUCAAUACGAGCACGAAAAGAGAGUUG